AUGGAUGCUGAUAUUAAAGAUGCUUAUACUAAUGAAGCUCAUCCUUGUGCGUUUACUUCUGUUGCAAAUGUACACAAAUUUCUCUUGAAAAAGUAUCCAAAGUUGAAAUAUGAACAUGUAGAAAGUGUCUUGGAAGAUGUGGAGAGUUUUACACUUCAUCGGCCGAAUCGAAAACGCUUUCCUCGUCUCAAAACUGUGGGUGUGGGUGUAUAUACUGAUCUUCAAGCAGAUUUGGUGGACAUGUCAAAAUACAAGGCCCAAAACGAUUCAAUCACAUUUCUCCUGACUGUCAUUGACAUUUACACUAGAAUUCUCUUUGUGAAGCCCCUCAAAUCAAAAGGUGGAGCCGGAGUUGCGGCUGCAUUUGCGGAAAUUUUUGAUGAAAUGGGAAACACUCCACACAUUGUAUUCACAGAUGAUGGAAAAGAGUUUUAUAACACACAUGUCCAAAACUUGUUCAAAAAGCAUGAAAUUCUUCUCGUCUCUCCAAAAAAUGACACAAAGUGUGGUGUAGUGGAACGCGCGAAUCGGACCCUGAAAACACGACUUGCAAAAUACAUGACCCAUGUAUACAAACACCGAUAUAUUGAUGUCUUACAAAAAGUUGUUCUAGGCAUCAACAAUAGUGUGAACCGAGGGAUUGGAAAGAAACCGGUUGAAGUGAAACUUGGUGAUUUUCCUAUACCAAUUCCAAAUGAUCAAACAUUUAAAAUCAAGUUCAAAGUUGGAGAUCAUGUGCGUUUGGCUUCGAAACGUGGACUUUUUGAUAAAGGCUAUGAACAAGGGUGGACUACGGAAAUUUUCGUGAUUAGUAAAGUGAUGCCUGGGCGCCCAGUGGCGUAUAACGUUGUCGAUACGAAUGGUGAGAAGGUUGAAGGUAUCUUUUACACGAGAGAGCUGACAAAGUGCACAUAUCGCACCCGUGGAACAUAUCGAAUUGAGUCGAUCAUUUCAAGAAGGACACGUCGGGGAGUACGAGAAUGUCUUGUUAGAUGGGAAGGUUAUACAGCGUCUUCAGACAGUUGGGUUCCGGAAAGCACAAUUUUGAAUUUGUAA